AUGUCCCCAAACCUCGCCCUCGAGAGUCACCUACGAACCCGGCCUGAAGGCACCCGCCCUCCAAGAGGGCGUAGGGGUGCCCGCCCGGCACCCCACCGGAGGGAGGUGGCGGCGCGGGGCUUCCGCGUCCGGGUCGCGGCGGUGCCGGGAGGCGGUGCCGGCGCGGCGGGGCUGGGGGACACCAUGGCCUUGCGGUGGUGGUGGCGGAGCGGCGCCUGGUGCCGCCGGGCGCCGCCGCUCGGCUCCGUGCCGGGCCCCGGCCCCCGCUCCCCGCCGGCCCCCAGCGCGGCGAUGUGUCACUUUACCCAAAGAAGUUCAACUUCCUUGUUUCCAAAAAUAUGUAAUAUAUUUUGGCGGUUUCAUCAUACAAGUACAUCCCACUUGUGCAGCUGCAGUAAGACAAUUAGUGAUGAAAAAUACCAAGAYCCUUUUCAACUUGGAAGAAAAGACUUGAAAAAUCUCUAUGAAGAUAUUAAAAAGGAAUUGCUUGUCUCUGCUGCAGAACUUAAGGAAAUGUGUGAUUAUUACUUUGAUGGGAAGGGAAAGGCCUUUCGACCAAUGAUUGUGGUGCUAAUGGCUCGGGCUUGCAACAUUCACCAUAAUAAUUCCAAGGAGGUGCAUGCAAGCCAGCGYUCUGUGGCCAUAAUUGCUGAGAUGAUCCACACAGCCAGUCUGGUUCAUGAUGAUGUUAUUGAUGAUGCAAAUUCUCGCAGAGGAAAAAGAACACUUAAUCAAAUCUGGGGAGAGAGGAAAGCUGUUCUCGCUGGUGACUUCAUCCUCUCAGCUGCUUCUGUAGCUUUAGCACGAAUUGGAAAUACCACUAUCAUCUCUGUUCUAACUCAGGUGAUUGAAGAUCUGGUGCGUGGUGAAUUCCUCCAGUUGGGUUCCAAGGAAAAUGAGAAUGAGAGAUUUGCUCACUACCUCGAGAAGACUUUUAAGAAGACGGCGAGUCUGAUAGCAAACAGUUGUAAAGCAGUUUCAAUUCUAGGCUGCCCUGAUCCCAAAGUUCAUGAGAUUGCAUACCAGUAUGGAAAAAACGUUGGCAUAGCUUUUCAGCUAAUAGAUGAUGUGCUGGAUUUUACAUCAUGUGCCAACCGAYUGGGGAAACCAACAGCAGCAGAUCUCAAGCUUGGAUUAGCCACAGGCCCUGUCUUGUUUGCUUGUAGACAGUUUCCAGAAAUGAAUGCUAUGAUAAUGAGGAGAUUCAGUAAGCCAGGAGAUGUUGAACGUGCACGGAAAUAUGUGUUGCAGAGUGAUGGUGUGCAGCAAACGACCUACCUCGCCCAGCGCUACUGCCAYGCCGCCACGCGUGAGAUCCGCAAGCUGCGGCCGUCCCCCGAGAGAGAGGCCCUGGUGCACCUGACAGAAAUGGUUCUCAUGCGAGACAAGUGAGAGAACUCCUUCCACUCAUUCUGGCAGCUACUUACCAGACUGUGCCUACAUUUAUUUCAAAAGUUACUUGCUUCCAACACAAGCUACCAAAAAUUAUUUUUUUAAAAAAAAACCUUUUUCUUUUUUUUGAAGUUUUCUUUUUUUUAAA